AUGCAGAAGCUAAAGUGCCUUUUGUUGCGCAAUCUACUGUUUAUCCUUUUUGUGGUUUCAGCCAAAGCAGAAAGUGGUGGAAGCUAUUCCGAAGUGAUGAAAAUCGGCGUAGUUGUUGAUUUGAAAUCGGCGAUGGGUGCAAUGCUGAAUUCCUGUGUUGCCAUGGCUUUCUCCGAAUUCUAUUCUUCACAUUCCAAUCAUCGGAAAACAUUGGAUCUUCGCAUUAAGGAUGUUGACUCUGAGCUCGAUGAACUAUCUGCAGUUAUGCAAUUGUUGGAGAAUGAAGAAGUCCAUGGCAUUAUAAGACUCCUAAAGUUCACAGAAUCUUCAAUUGUCACAGCGCUUGCAAACCAAUCACACGUUCCCACCAUUUCAUUCUCAGGAAGAACCCAAUCCUCUUCAAAUUCCAUUCAGAUUAUGCCAGAUAACUGGCACAGAUCAAGAGCUCUUGCAGCCAUUUUUAACGAAUUUGAAUGGCAGCAAGUCGUAGUGUUGCACGAAGACAACAACGAUGGCAACGACUUCAUUUCUCAGCUGCAUAAGGCAUUUCAAGACAUUGGUAUCAAAAUCACUUAUAUGCUUUCAUUCCUCCCAUCAAUUGAUGACUCUACCCUAGAGAGAGAGUUAAAAAAGUUGAUGGCAAUACAAACUAGGAUAAUCUUGGUGCAUGUGGGAACCUCAUUGGGAUGUCGGAUUUUUCCCUUGGCAAAAAAAAUAGGAGCAAUGAGAAAAGGUUACGCGUGGGUAAUCACAGACAUGUUGUCAAACGAGCUGAAUUCUAUGGAUUCAGAAGUCAUUGAAUCCAUGGAAGGGGUGAUUGGAAUCAAGCCUUAUGUGCCCAAGUCCAAAAGUCUUGAAGCUUUUGAAAGAAGGUGGAUAAGACACACAAUUUCUACGUUACUCGAUGAUAAAACAACGAAGUUGAAUGUUUAUGGCGUGUUGGCAUACGAUGCAAUCUGGGCACUAGCAAUGGCUGCUGAGAAGAUAGAGGGUGAAAACUCUGAUAUAAAAAAUGGUGCAAAGUUUUGGGUGUCCAAUUUUGGCCCAAACCUGCUUAGAGAGUUCUCAGAGAUGAAGUUUGAGGGUCUAGGAGGGGAUUUUGAGAUAGGUAAUGGGCAAUUGAAACUAGUGGCAUUUGAAAUAUUUAACAUGAUUGGCAAUGGAGAAAAGAAGAUUGGAAAAUGGGAGCCAAGUAAAGGGAUCACUCAGAAACUGGGUAGUGUCAUGUGGCCUGGAGAUUCACUGACCAAACCUUUGGAUUGGGGGUUGGACAAAUUGAGAAUUCUUAUUCCUGUGAGAGAAGGUUUCCCAGAGUUUGUUUCUGUACCAUAUAGUUCAUCAUCACAACAUAAACCAACCGGGUUGUCUAUGGAUAUAUUUUAUGCUGUUUUGGAGUUGCUUCCUUUUAAGGUUGAGUAUGAAAUCUCCUUUUAUCCAAUAAAACAUGGGAAUUGCACCAGAAGCUAUGACGAUCUUCUUCACAAUAUUUCUGAGGGAAAAUACCAAGUUGCAAUUGGGGAUAUAACAAUCAUGGAUGAUAGAGCUCCAAAGCUGGAAUAUACGCAUCCAUAUAUGAUUUCUGAAAUUGUUAUGGUGGUUAAAAACGUUAAGAGCAAGGACAUGUGGAUCCUUUUCAAGGUAUUCAAAUGGGAACUUUGGACAAUGAUAAUAGUAACAUAUUUCUUUGUUGGAUUUGUUGUUCACAUUCUACAGCACCAGAGCAAUGGACUGCUAUUUUGGUUCCCUAUUGCAGUUCUCGCUUUACCUGAAAGUAAUAUGGUGGUUAACCGUUGGACAGCCUUUGUAUUGGUUAUUUCUUUCGCAAUGGGCGCCAUCAUUGUACAAUGCUACGUAGGAAAGUAUUCUGCAAUGGUGUUAUCAGACCAGGAACAGGAGUUUUCUGUUUCUAAGGAUUCCAUGGUUGGGUACCAGGAAGGGUCGUUCGUGAAGGAUUUCUUGAUAAAAAACCUAAAUUUUAAGGAGUCAAGGCUUAGGGCAUUCUCAAGCAUUGAGGAAUUUCAUGAUGGCAUGACUAGAGGAGGCAAAAAAGGUGGCAUUGAUGUAAUCAUUGAUGAAAGCCCUUAUGCCAAGCUCAUGCUUCGCAAGUAUGGGUCAGCAUACAAAAUCGUCGGCCCAGCUUACAAGACAGGUAUUUCGUGAAGGGCCAUUAUCUCUGCUUGCUCACUAUUUCUCAAGGGCAAUCCCAAAGGUUACCCAAAGCGAUAGAAUGGCUGGGAUUGAGCAAAGAAAUUUAGGGUUUGGGUACUCAAAUGCUAAAGUUGAUGAAACUGGAAACAACGAUGGUCUGGACCCAUA